AUGCCAAGAUGUUGUCAAUUCAUCGUCUUUUCGAUUCUCCUGCUCCAAUUUUGUUCUGUGCAUUGCCAAGUCUUUGGUGAGGACGAUUGGCCUUAUGACAGAAUGCCAAAACGUAAGUGAAAAUUCUAGUGCUAAAACAAAAGUUGCGACAUAUCUGCACACUGCGCUGUCGUGCAUAAAAUUUGGACCGCCUAGUACAGUGGGGUACCGGAUCCAGUGGCGAAAAACGUAACAUUUUGCAUCCGGGAAGUAUCAAAAAUGUGGCAAAAUGCUUCCCUGAGAAAACUUCCUUUUGAAGGGCGCGCCCUUUUUCCUCACAAAAAGAGCGGGCGCGCUUUUGAAAUCUGAGUUUUUUUCACGUGGAGAGGGAGGUAUUUAGCCACAUUUUUUGAUGCUUCCUUGAUGCAAAAUGGUACGUUUUUUGCCACUGGAUCAGGUCUCCCACUAUAUCUCAUUUCUAUUUUGUUUUUUUUUUUUGCUUAUUUUCUCCGUUCCAGUGGACGACCAGCCCUGUAUCGACAAGAAUUGCGAAGUCGCGUGUCGCUUAUACGAAGGGAAAUACAGUGGAUUUUGCCGUGGGUUCGACCACAUAUGCGGUUGUGUUGGAGCUCCGCCUGGAGUCGAUUGGCCAUAA